UUUAGUGUGUUACCAGCAUACAUAACUAUAUGUCUAUUGGCUCACAAGAGAAUAUAUAACGUAAGAACUCACUAUUAAACCCCCCAUAUGUAUAGAAUAAAAUAACAUGCUUUUUAUCACCUUUAUUUUAUUGAUUUUUUUAUCUGAUGCUAAAUGCAACAGCACAAUGGCCCUAGCACCAGACCAAUAUAAAAUUGAAAAAGCACCACUACAUGUCCCAACACUAGAAGAAGUUGCUGAAGUUUUCAGGUCAUAUUUGCCAACAAAUUUUGCAGAAAGUGAAGUGGAAGUGGUGGACUGUCCGGACCUGCUCCAAGACCCAUUUUUCUUAGCUGAAAGAGGUCUAUGUGGAAACCCCAAAAUCUUUGAAAUCGGUAGCACCCAAUACCUGUUACCUCUGGUCCAAAGGGAGAAACUCUAUGACCUAAAAGAUAUUGCAAAAGCUGCAAAUUUGGAGCCGGCCUACUUUAUUGGUGCUGGGGCUGGACCGUUUCCCACAUAUAAAGGAGUAAACUGUGAAGGUAUCUACAAUGUUAAAUUCAACAGUACAAGGAUAAUUGAGCAGCUGACUCGUGUCGCACAUGUGGAGGGUCCGGAUGAACACAUUUCAACAAAAAUUGUGCCUGUAAACGAGACUAGGGUGGCCCUACUGGGCAAUUUGUUCGGUAGUGAAGGAAACCCCGGAAAGGUUAUAAAAGUUCAUGUCAAAAAACGUAUUGGAGAGAAAAACUUCAUAGAAACCCUAAGGAACUCUAUCGAGGAAAAGUAUGGGAAGGAGCAUCUGGUUGGUAUCGGAGGUGCUUUCCUUCUUGUUCAAGGGAAAGCCAAGCACCAUAUCAUGAGGGACUUUUCUAAGACUCCCAUUACAGAUGAGGAGGGCGUGAAUAAUUGGCUGAAGUUCUAUAAUAUGUCUGCGCCUAUGAUUGGUGUUGGUACAUUUGUCAGCAAUGAUGGAGGUGCACUGGACUUAAGAGUACAACAUUUCCAUAGCUACAGCACCCAUAGGGAAGCAGGACACUACCACUAUGACACCACUCCGGAAAUUGUGGAAUAUUUGGGAUAUUUCAAUGUUGCUGAAGAAGUUGUUAGGGUUGACCAACCUGCACUGGGACACAAAUUGGGCAGGGAUUAAAUGAUUUUAUAUAUACAAUAAAUUCAUUAUGACAAAAAAACACAAAAA